ACUACAUGUAACUUUAACAGAAUUAAAUCUGUAUUCAGCUCACACCACAGGAACCGGUAAUUUUGUCUGUAAUAGUAAUAGUAGGGUUACCACCCGGGGCUCUAACAGAAAUUAAGAGUGGUAUGGUAUAGACCUCUACUGUUAUCAUUACAGAAAAAAUCACCGGUUUCUGUGCUCACACUAGAAGAACUCGCAAAAUUUUGUUAACGAGUCGUUGGUAAUACCCAUAUUUUCUACUUUCGGUUUACGUACUGAAUGUAAACACGAGAAAUAAUUUCCGUAUUCGAGUAUCUGAACUUCAAUAUGGCAGAGGGCGGAGUGCCACAUGAAGCAGAACGUUUACCAACACUACAGGACUUCCUUAACAAUCAGGAACUCAGGAGUCUUUACGAAGAUCCUGAAAUUCAAAUGAUCUUCACUGAAAUUGAAAACAACCCUAACACAAUUCUACAGCAUCACAAUCACCCCAAAGUACAACAGGUUCUCCGACUGAUUCAAUCCGAGUUUGAUCGACAACCACCACCCACGGAUCAGGGAGCUGACAUUGAGCAGAUGACAAGACCAGCUCAAACGGAUGAUGAUGACAUACAGGAUAUCAUUCGAAUUCUGGAACAGGAAGAAAAUAAUUCAGGAAGUUCCUAAAUUCUGCUCUGGAGAGUGUUUUCAAACUCAACAAUGCAAUCUUUAUAAAAGUGAUACACGUGUCAUGAAAUAUCCAAAAGAAAUCACAAGCAUAAAGACUUGGCUUUUAUUACGAUGAUUUAAUGAUGACUGACAAUGAUUAUAUGUGUAUUAACUUGAUGUAGCAGAUGUUUUUCUCUAACUUCUUCCUGCUAUUAACUUCUCACUUAUCAUUGUUUGGAUGUUUUAUUGUGGAUUAUUAGUAUAAUAAAGCUUUCUUUACAAUGAA